AUGGACCAAAACACCCACAAACCGGAAGACAGCAAGAAAUUAGACCGAUCUGUUGAAGACUUCUUCAACGCACUCGGCGCUCUAUAUGGUGACGAUAAUGCUGGAGAUGAUGUUCGCAAGCGAGUCUUUAACCUCAUCGACUUCCUUUCGCUAGGAUGCAGGAAAAGUAUCUUCGAAAUAACCCAAAACGCAUCAUUAAGGGAUGUAACCAAAGCGGCUGGUCGUGGAAAUGCUGUCACUAAUGCGCACUUGUGUAUCACGGGGAAAGGAAAGAACACAGAAGCAUACGUUGCAUUGUAUGGACUGGAGCCAGAGAAGGUUCUCGAAUUCCGCAAGUAUCAUGUCUACUAUGCAAUUGAGGCGCUCAACUACCAUGCUUGGCUCAUUGCUGAGAACGAGAAGGAGGAUGAUAUCUCAGUAGAUGUGAAGGGGAAGCAUCAGAGGUUCUUGCAAGAGCUAGAACGAACGGAGCACUUUUCUGUCUCACCAAAGACGGAACACGAGUCUCCAUUGAUGAAGUUAUAUUAUGCAUACAUGAAGGCUGCCGGCCAUGACUCCGAUCGUUGCUUUAGAGCCGAUUUCUAGUGAAUAG